CGGGUGGCGGCGGCGGCGGCGGGACAGGCGCGUGGCCGGGUCCGGCGCGAUGAGCGGGGCCGGAGCCGCUCCGGGGGCGGCGGACGCGGUCCGGGGGCUGCGGGUGGACGGACUGCCCCCUCUGCCCAAGAGCCUGAGCGGGUUGCUGCACUCGGCGUCGGGCGGCGGCGCGUCGGGGGGCUGGCGACACCUGGAGCGUCUGUACGCGCAGAAGUCGCGCAUCCAGGACGAGCUGAGCCGCGGGGGCGCGGGCGGCGGCGGGGCCCGGGCCGCGGGGCUGCCCGCCAAGCCUCCCAACCUGGACGCCGCGUUGGCCCUGCUCCGCAAGGAGAUGGUUGGCCUCCGCCAGCUGGACAUGUCCUUGCUCUGCCAACUCUACAGCCUAUACGAGUCCAUUCAGGAAUAUAAGGGAGCAUGCCAGGCAGCCUCCAGCCCGGACUGCACCUACGGCCUGGAGAACGGCUUCUUCGAGGAGGAGGAGGACUAUUUCCAGGAGCAGAACACCCUCCACGAUGGGAGGGAGCGGGGCCCUCCACGGGACCUGCCGCUGCCCGUCUCCCCGCUCUCCAGCAGCGACUGGAUUCUCGAAUCCAUCUAGAAAGGGCUCUCCGCCGAGAGGCCACUGCUACUACCGGACCACCAGCAUUUGCCUCUCCUCUUGAAGAAAGCUCCUCUCCUCCAUCGUGGGCGGUCGUCGGGCGCCAGCGGCCGGUGCUGUCAAUUUAAUCUGGAGGACACACGUGGCAGGGUGUUCUGGUGGCCGGAGUUUGUGCCUGGGCGAUCCAG